UGCUUGGUUCUCCGCAAUGGGAUCCCUGCGAACUUUGCGUUGUGUCUCUGUGGUCUGGCGGCCCGGGCUGGGGUCUUGCGCACCGCGGAGGAAUGCAGGCUUCGGCACCGAGGCCCGGCGUCGGUCUCAACCUCACUGCUCCAGCAAGCGCAAGGACCUAGUCGAGGACCAGCCCUUCCCGGGGCUGCUGCGUACAGAGAACCUCGGCCUGGAGGAGCUGGCUCACGUCCUGAGGGCAGCUGUGGUGGAUCAGAAAGGACCUCUGGUGACACUGAACAAGCCACAGGGUCUGCCUGUGACAGGGAAACCAGGAGAGCUGACGUUGCUGUCUGUGCUGCCACAGCUGAGCCAGGCCCUGGGGAUCGAACACCAGGAGCUCCAGGUUGUGCGAGCAUCUGGGAAGGAGGCCUCUGGGCUUGUGCUCCUCUCCAGCUGUCCCCAGACAACAAGCCGCCUGCAGAAGUUUUUUACCCACUCAAGGAGAGCCCAGAGACCCACAGCCACCUACUGUGCCAUCACUGAUGGCAUCCCUGAGCCUUCUGAGGGGACAGUCCACAUGGCUCUGAAGCUGGAACGAAUGGAUGGCAUUGACCUUGCAGUCCCAGUGACGUCCCCAUCUCGAAAGGACAUCCAGGAAGGUGUCAAAAGGACCCUCAGCCGUUUCCACGUGAUGGCCACGGGGUGUGGCUGUGCCCUGGUCCAGCUACAGCCUCUGACAGUCUUCCCCAGGCAGCUGCAGGUGCACAUGGUUCUACAGCUCUGCCCGAUUCUUGGGGACCACACCUAUGCUGCUCGUGUAGGCACUGUUCUGGGCCAGCGUUUUCUGUGGCCAGCGGAGACCACCAAGCCCCAGAGACAGGUCCUGGAUGAAGCCCUGCUCAGACACCUCCAACUGAGUCCUUCCCAAGUGGCCCAGAUGCCUUUGCACCUGCACCUGCACCGCCUCCUCCUCCCAGGCACCGGUCCCAAGGACCCCCCUAGUGAACUUUUGGCACCCCUGCCCGCUUACUUCUCUCGGACCCUGCAGUGCCUUCAGCUCUCUCAACAGUAGACUGUGCCUGACCCCCAGUUGGAAAAAUAGGAAGACAGAGAGUUUGGUGCUAAGCACAGCCAAGGCCCUGGGCUCCUUGGUCCGACACACUAAGAUCAAAUCCCAGAGAGGCCACUUGAUUGCUGUGUGGCAUUGGGCAGGUGUCUUCUCUCUGGACUUAAAAUAAUAAAAGUUCUACCUCACGGUCUGGUUUACCAAAAAUGAGAAAGC